UGGUCGUGGCUUUCACGAGUCAACAACGCUCCGUACCUCGCCUGUAUUAACUCGGAGUCUUCGAUUCAACACGACGUUUAUAACGGUCCUUGAGUAUAACCAAGCAAAUAAAAACAUUCUCCGAUCGUUUUUAACCUCUAAAAACAUCGUUUGAGAUUGACAAAAACGCGUAUACGUCAAUUUAUAUGUUUACGUACAUGUAAUCCUUCGGAAACACGUGGAUAAGCGCGCUUCCCUCAAAUCGAAAUCAGCCGACUGGCUGUCAGACGAAAAAAUAUCGAAUCUUUCGUGCGCCUCAAGUUUCGUUCGCGCGUUUGUCUUUUGGCAAGCGAAGAAUCGUGUGAUUGCAGUGAAGAUUCGAUUUGAGAAUCGAAAUAAACAGUGACCAAAAUAUACCGUCAUGGGAGGUCAAGACUGAAGUUUAUUUCCCUGCCAAAAUCCGAGGGGGGAAAAAACAAUUUGGUGGAACAGUACCGUCGACUAUAUAGUAUGCUGAAAAAUGAGGUGAUUUUUCGACUUGUCCUCGGUGUGCCGUAUGGGGAAAAAUAAACCUGCUCCCUUGGUGUUUUCUAAAUCUUUCCGGAAAGACGCGGACGGUUUCUGAUAAAACCCCGUCACGCUACUGUACAUAUUAAAACAUAUGUACAUAUAAACGUAUUUAUAUUAUUUCGUUACGAGAGAACACGUGGUGUUUUUAUUUCUUCGUACACCUGCCAACCGAAGCUUCCUGCAAAAACGUCAAAAUGCUUCUGAAAUUCGCAACGCUCCUGUUCGUCCUUGUGACACCCGGAAAUUGCUUCUUCAAUCUUUUCCUCAGUCAAACCGAAGUCCGAAAACUCAUGGGGCUUGAGGCUGAAUUGUUCUACGUUAGGGAAGGGGUGAUCAAUGAAUAUGCGAUCAAGUUUGUCGUGCCGGUACCUGCCCAGGUGCACAAGCUGCACUUCACCUGGGAAAAUCUCGCCGGAAGACCGCUGCAUUAUACAACGGCCGUGGACAUCAGCAACCCUUCAGCGCUGAGCAGCUCUCAGAACAUAUCGCAAGCAGGUGAAAUACCAGUCGGUGGCUUACAGACAUGGGCAUUCGCCCUCCACUGCGGUCCUUACGACGCCGAAGUCGAUCUCUCACUUCGUAUAAACGUUUCUUUGAAUAGUAACACGACAAGCCUCGUGUUCCGUCGCAUGAAAAUUUGUCUCAAGGACAAGAGCGGUUACCCCGGGCCCGAGGAAGUCCUCGUCGCCGCGUCGGGCUCGACUUCCGGUGGACAAGUAUUUUACGCUGCUGUCGGCUGCGCUUGCGCUUUUAUCGCCGCUAUUUGCGUCCUCGUUAUCGCCUAUUAUGUGAGAGACAAAAAAGCUCGAAGACACCGAGAUCCCUUGCAAGAAUCUCGCGGCCUCAGCUCCGCCUGCAGCGUUGAAAGAGGCACCGGAAUCGGCCCGGCACAAACGUUCCUCUCGCCGGAAACUCCGCCACCUCCGUCCGCGGCUUCCGCAUCCAGUUACCGACGACUCGACGACCGACCCAGUCGCGAACUUCACGAGAGAAUCCAGGAAAUCACCGUUCAAAGAUGCCGAGUUCGUCUUCUCAGUAUCGAAAUGGAAGGUACUUUCGGGCGAGUAUAUCGGGGCAGUUACCACGAAGAGGGCGCGACCACUCCUCGCGACGUGCUCGUAAAAACUGCUGCUGAACACGCGUCCCAAGCCCAGGUUGCACUUUUGUUGCGCGAAGGUUUGGCACUUUAUGGUUUGAGUCAUGCGGCCCUUUUGCCAGUUUUGGGUGUUUCCAUCGAGGACCGAGGUGCGCCUUUCCUUCUCUAUCCUCACACGGGUUACAAGAACAUGAAGCGAUUUUUACUCAGGUGUAAACUAAGCAGCGAGGGCCCUCCGCGUGCUUUGACCACUCAAGAGGUCGUUGAAAUGGCACUACAGGCUGCCAAGGGCGUGCAGUACCUUCACAGAAAGAGGCUCGUGCAUCGCGAUCUUGCAGCGCGAAAUUGCGUAGUUGACGACGAUUUGAGGGUACAAAUCACCGAUAAUGCACUCGCCAGAGAUCUUUUUCCUCAGGAUUACCAUUGCCUUGGAGAUAACGAAAACCGACCGAUAAAAUGGCUCGCGAUCGAAAGUCUUCUCAGCAAAACUUUCACGACAGCUUCUGAUGUGUGGGCUUUCGGUGUUUUACUUUGGGAGCUAACGACCCUUGCUCAACAGCCCUACGUGGAGGUUGAUCCCUUCGAAAUGGCGUCCUAUUUACGCGACGGUUACAGACUCGCUCAACCGAUCAAUUGUCCCGACGAGUUGUUUGCAGUAAUGGCUUACUGCUGGGCAAUGUCCGCCGACGAGAGACCAACUUUCAGUCAACUUAUCGUUUGUCUUCAAGAAUUUCAUACCCAACUCACGAGAUACGUAUGAGGAGGUGAACGAUUAAAAGAGCGUCCAUAGAUUGUUGAAGUGAAGGAGAUUAUGAAGAAAAUGUGGAAAACAUCUCAUGUAAAUAUUUAUCGUGUACUUAAUUGUAAACCUGCAAACUCUGUAAAUGUUCAUCAGACUACGGUUGUUCAGCUCUCGUUCAAUCGCGCAGGGCAACUUCGUUGACUUUUCGGGAUUGAAGCGUUUCUCGACGUGAAGAAAAACUCAAUUUUGUUUUAAUCUGUUUACUCUGACGAUUACUCAAUCAGUGAGUAGUUUUUUUCAUUACCAUUUUAUCAAAAAGUAUUUUAUAAUUCAAUUUAAUUGACAGUUACUAUUUUCAAAUUCGUCUCCCUGCGGGGCAAAUUAUUUGAUAUCACAGUUUUUCAACGCAGCUGAGUCGCGCCAGGCCCAUUUUUUCCUCGUAAUAUAAACCAAAAAAUGAAAUGAGAUUCAAAAGUAACGAAAUAACUAAGACAAAACAAUUACCCACCGAGCACUGCCAGUGAAAAGUCCAAUCACCAAGCGUUUAGCUGAAAAAAAGAGACGAUCAACAAUCAACACAUGCGAAAAACAAAAAUAAAUAGACUGCAUCUCGUUCAAUAUUCCUCAUAAUUUAGAAUAGGUUUAAAAAAUGUGAUAGUAAUUCAGCUUGCCACAUAGAUUGUCCAUGUGCCAAUUUUUCAUUUGUAUUUUUGUAUAUAGAUUCUUUUAUAUUAUGAAUAUAGAACCUUGUAUAUAGUGAACAGAUAUCAAAUGUUUUACGUUCGUGAAAUUGAAAAAAAAAAAAAAAACAAAACAAAGUGAAAAAGAAAAACAGAACAAAACCAAUCGUGCUUGUAUUUGAAUUACGCGCACGUUACGUACGAAAAAAUAAAAUUUAUUGCACUGUA